AUGUCCCAUUUCACUAAUUGGAAGAGCAUCCAAGUGAGCAAAAGCUUGAUGCCAUAUGACAACAUCAGAGCUCCCCAUGAAAGGAAGGAGAAUAAGAAGAGGCAAGAGGACCUGCCUGAAGACCAGCACUUGCCUCGUGGUCAGAGGCUGCAGAAGGGAGAAAGGGCCCAGAGCACUGAGGACAAAACAAAGGAGACAGGAGAAGACAGGGCUGCUGAGGAAGGCCCUUCUCUCAGCAAAACAGAACCAAGGAAAGAUGCAAAGGGGUUCAGAUCUUCCGUGGCACAUAUGGCCGGUCUGCCCCAGCAGGGCCCUUUCCGGAACUUCAUGGACAUGAAGGUGGAGAAGAGACUGGCCGGCUGGAAGGAGCGCCGCAGCCGUUUUGGAGAUGUUAGCAUGCACAAGUGCUAUCGGUUUGGGCAGGUCUUCUCCCCUUUCCAGCCCUCGCCACCAUGCUCAACAGUGUGCCCUGAGAUGCAAAGACUGAUGUUUCCCCGAGACCUGCCCAUGAGUACCCACAUACAGAGAAUGGGUACUUUGUGCCCCACCGAUGUGAAUCUCCAGGAUUUAUCCUUGUUUUCCACAGAGUUGGGCUUGGGAAAGGAUGACCGCAACCAUGAGAAAGAGAAACCAGUGAGCCACGUUAAAACACCUUUAUUCCCCCCAAUAGUUAAAGCAACAAAAUCUAAUGACAUAAAAUAA